CCCAGGAUUCCCCUCCUCCCACUGGGAGUCUCGCAUUCUGCAGGGAUCAAUUAUGACAGCAACAAUGGGACCUCCCGAACACACAUUCAUCGAUCCCAUCACUCUGGCAGCCAUGUCUGACACAGGCUGGUAUCACGUAAACUACAACAGCACUCAGCCAUUGGUGUGGGGCCGAGCACAGGGAGGAGGCUUCGGACUGACCAGCGCCUGUCAGGACAAUUCCUCGAAAUAUUUCUGCACAGGAAGUGGACUGGGAUGUCACUACCUGCACAUGGACAAAGCCAGUUGCUUGACUGAUGAGUUUCUGGACGGAUGUCGUGUUUAUAAACCACUCGUGAAUGGGAGUGAAUGCUGGAAGGAGAAGAACGGACAGAAGGCCGGGAAUCUGAGCGCGAGCGGAGAGAUCUACGGGGAGUGGAGCCGCUGUUUCUUCGCAAACCUGACCAGGGCGGCUCCCUCCUCCUCCUCGGACACUGAGGUGCCGAUGACCGGCCACUGCUACCUGCAUCGGUGCGUAGGGGAGAACGCCUUUGAGGUCAAAGUGCAAGGGUCAGCGUGGCUCCGGUGCAAGGCGGGUGACAGCAUCCAGGUGCCCGGAUUCCGUGGACUCCUCUUCUGCCCGGAUGGACGCCUCUGUCGCCAUGGCGAGGACCGGACAACGGCCGCUACAGCGAGGCCCCCAAUCCCCACCGUCUCCCGCUCGACCCCGCUCCCUCCCCCCCCUCCCCCCGCAGUCCCCAACCAACCCGCUCAGCCCGAAGACCAGGCCGGCGUCCGGAUCGGAGUCCGCGCGAGCCCAGAGUGCCAGGGGAUGGAGGAGCGGGACGCGCGAGGUGUGGCUGAGAGUCUCCUCAACGUCACCGACAUCCCCAGAUGCCACAUUCAAAACCCGCACGUGUGCAGCGGCUACGAGCUGUGCCUCGAGCUCUGGGAAUAUUCCGGAUGUUCGAACCAUUCCAUCACAUCCCUGUAUUGGCGCCUGGAAGAGAUCAUCAGCGCGGGCAGACUGCAACUGAGGGUCGCAGGAAAAAACUGUACUGCUAUCAGCAUCAGGUCAGCAAGCGGACCCAGUUCCCUCCCCCCUCCCGAGGCGGAGGGUCAGAAGAUGCCGGGGACGGCGGCAGUGGCCGUCUGUGGAGCUCUGGGGGUCGCCGUGGUCGGGGGUGCGCUGGGGGUGGGGGUUUACCACAAGCUGCGGGGGGGGAGGGGGCGAGUCCACCACGCCGGCAGCUGGAGGCUGGCCUGA